AUGCCCUUCAGCUUCCGCGCCGUGUAUGAGUAUCAGAAAGAUACAAACAAUGCCUGCAAACCGAAUACCAAUCAUUUGCUCUUCCGUCUGGCAGAUGUGUUCCUCAGGACUUGGGAUCUAGGAUUUACCGCUUUCGGUGGGCCGCCUGUUCAUUUUCAAAUCUUGCAUCAAAGAUUUGUGGAAAGCAGAGCUGGACAUGCGGCGUGGGUUGAUGAGCAGACGUAUCAAGAGCUUUUUGCCGUUUCUCAAGCGCUGCCUGGACCGGCAAGUACGAAGCUAUUGUACAGUCUUGUCAUGUAUCAUGCUGGUCUAGUAUGCGCUAUCUUUGCAUUCUGUCUCUGGUCUCUUCCUGGAGCUGUUGGCAUGUUCCUGCUCUCCGUCGGUGUUGCCAAGAUUGGUGAGACCUUACCUGGUCCUGUGUAUGGUCUACUGUCUGGCUUGAAUGCCUCGACGGUCGGUAUCAUCGCUCUAGCGGCUAUACAGCUUGCUACCAAGGCCAUCACUGAUCCUCUAUCUCGCAUCUUGGUCAUCUUCGGCGCAUGUGCUGGACUCUGCUACUCGGCGUUAUGGUACUUCCCAGUUUUGGUAGUGAUUGGUGGUGUGGUAGCAGUCAUCUGGGACCUCUACCUCAGCCGCGCAAUCGGCAGAUCCCUGGCCAAACGCCAGCAAAAACGCAUCAACCGACAGCGUGUGGCGGAAGAAAGUCAGCCAACUGCAACAACUAGCAUCCCGUUACAGGACAUGUCGGCAUCACGAGCGUCAUCCUCACAGCGACGAACCGCAACACCACAACCUCCCAAGCUUGCCAUCACAAAUGCUGAAGCUGCCGAACGACUUACGGAAGAAGCGCCAGAAUCACAAGACCACAAGUACUCUUUCACUCUUUGGCAAAGCAUCGCAAUCGUCAUCCUCUUCUUCGCCUCCUUCGCCGCCAUCCUCGCCUCCCGAGGUGCUAUCACCGCUCCCCCCUUGAUCCUCGACCUCUUCGCAAACAUGUACCUAGCCGGCACCAUAAUCUUCGGCGGCGGGCCCGUAGUCAUCCCUCUACUCCGCGAAUACACCGUCGAGCCUGGUUGGGUAUCCUCUCGCGAUUUUCUCAUUGGUCUAGCCAUCAUUCAAGCUUUCCCAGGUCCCAAUUUCAACUUUGCGGUGUAUCUUGGUGCUUUGGCCGUUUCUUCUUCCCAUCACACUCCAGGGUUUGCAGGCGCUGUGCUCUCUUUCGUCGGUAUUUUCCUCCCUGGCCUCACCCUCACGACCGCCAUAUCAGGGAUCUGGCAACGCGUACGCACAAAGGCUAUCGUCGCUUCCGCUCUCCGCGGCAUCAAUGCUGCAGCCGUGGGCUUGGUCUUCGCUGCCGUGUAUCGUCUCUGGGAAAUCGGAUACCUGACUCUUACCUCUGGCAGAGGCAAAAGUUUGGCGGGAGAUCCUUGGUGGGUUGUUGUUGCUGCGGUUACGUAUUCCGGCGCUGCGUGGUUCAAAGUUCCUCCUGCGCUGGCGGUCGUGGGAGGUGCGGUGUUGGGGUUGUGUUGGUAUGGUGUUGCUGGCCAGCGGAUUCUGGGACUCUGA